UAUUCAUGACACAAGCCUUCACCGUAGUAAAUGUCUGAACCUGUCAGACCGGCCGGGUGGAGAAUGCAGCGGACAAGUGCGCCGUUUUUAUCACCAUUUCUGUUCUCGAAUAUCUCCUCAAUGGACAGAUUAUCGAAACGUCCAGUAGUACGUAGAUUCGUUUGAUGAUUGAAAUGAAAGGAAAACUCUGAAAUAAGUUUAAUUUCAUUAUUACACGGUGAAGAGAGAGUUUCUUCCGGACUAUUUCGGUUUUCAACGCGGGAUUUUGUUGUGGAUACCCAGCCUUGUUCAACCUUGUGCCGCCAAUGACAAGUUCAGCACCGCGUAACAUCCACCUCACUUUUACACGACCACUAUGGUGCUUUGGGAAUCAAUGAAGUGGACGAAUAUAUAUGACAUUUCCUUGCAGCAUCUGAGUCCUUCAGCAUCAGAAUCUGUUGAAGCCGGUUUAACCUGUUCUCAAGUGUCAAGUCUACCGAAUAAAAUUGCUUUAAACAUCAUUGCUGAAAUAUUCUUCCUGGACUAAGAAACAACAGUUAAAGCCUGUAAUUCAAGAUGACAUCUGCGAUCAGCCAAGUGUCAUUGAGUGAGCUGCCCAUGGAUAACUGGAUGGCCAAUCUACCCAGUGCACUGUGGGAUACCCCUCUCUGUUACAUGGCUAUUCCAGGGAGCCAUAAUGCCAUAACCUACUGCCUGGAUAAGAAUGACCGCUCUCCAGUGGACCCUACUCAACCAGAUAUGUUGCAAAAGCUGGACAAGUACAUGAAACCCAUCAUAAGGCCAUUUGUAUACAAAUGGGCAAUAGCACAGGAGUCUUGCAUUAGGGAGCAGUUAGAUUGUGGAGUGCGAUACUGUGACCUGAGGAUAGCACAUCGGCCUAAUGACAGCUCAAAUGAUCUGUACUUCUACCAUGGUGUUUAUACCACUAUAACAGUGGAGAUAGUAUUAAAAGAGAUCAGAGAGUGGUUGGAUGUUCAUCCAAAGGAGGUAGUCAUCCUCUCAUUUAGCCACUUCCUUGGCCUCAGUCAAGAGCUUCACACACUGCUUGUCUCAACUAUAAAGAGUGUUUUUGGUUCCAAACUCUGCCCCAAAAUGGAUCGUGUGGCAUUACGGACAUUAUGGAGCCAGGGUCAUCAAGUUAUCAUUUCAUAUGAGCACAAUAUUGCCAACUGCCACAGAGAAUUGUGGUUCCAUAUACCUUAUUGGUGGGCCAACAAGUGCAAGGCUGAAGCGCUGAUCGAGGAAUUUGAACGUAGAAAACAAAAUGGCCGACCAGGCGGCUUUUUUGUGACUGGCAUCAAUCUUACUGAAGAUCUGAAGUACAUAUGCUCCCAUCCCACAGAAUCACUUAAGGAUAUGGUGAUGUCUACAUAUCCCAUGUUACUUAGCUGGGUCAAGCAACAGAAGCCUGGCUCUAACACUGGCUCCCUCAACAUCAUAGCUGGUGACUUUGUGACAGAGAGCCAGUUUAUACCAACCGUUAUUGCACUGAAUGAAAAUCUGCUCAACAGGACCAUAAUACCAGAGCCUUGACCCUCUUAGAGUCUGCACAAUGUAUUUAACAUUUGAAGAAAGAAGUGUUUGUUGUUCUUGUGAUGUUUUUAUACUAGUCAACUUUGCACUUUUUUUAUAAGGGUGCUUACACACUAGAGUUUAUGCUGCGUUAGCUCCAUUCAUUUCAAUAGUGAUGGUACAUUGCAACCAUACCCUCAAAAUGGAUGCUGUCCAUCAAAUGCUCUUUCAUAGAGCUGUAUCCAGUGUGUAAGCACCCUGAGGGUGAUAGAUAAUUUUGAGUUAUGGGUAGAAUAAUGUAAUGCACUGACUAUUAUUACUUGAAUUUACUGUCUUAAGCUUAUUUAUGCAGUCUCCAAUAUAUACCUCUGAUUUUGCAAAAAUGUUGAUCAUUUUUAAGGACCUAGUUCCAAGUGGAUGUCAUUAUCAAGUACCCAGUUACCACAACUUUACAUACAGUACAGCACCAGUCAAGCACAUUACAGGACACAAUAAGUUCACUGGGAGGAUGAGAGUUUCACAGUUUGCAUGAGAAUUGCUGAAGACUACUCAAUGCAAGCCUGCACAAAUAGGAUUAUAAAACACUCAGGAUUGUUCAUUCUUUAUUAUCAACUUUAUACUGUGUGGAAUGGCUAUGGAAAUAUGAUUCAAAUAAGUACAUGUCUGCAUGGUGCACACAAUCAAAAGCAUGAAGAGUCACAGAAUAUUACUGUGGUUGCACAUAUUAUGUUCUCUGCCAUAGUAGCAUGCAAUAAGAUAUCAGUUUGCAUUACAAUUAUGCUUACACUAACAAAAUAUCAGCAACUGAAUGGAAUAUAAAAUAUUCAUAUUUAAUAUUUGAAGGUUUCCAAUAAAUAAAACAUAUCUAACUAUA